AUGUCUAAGAUCGAUACUAGGAGCGUCAAUGUGACAGUUGAAAUACAAAAUGAAGUAAAACUGCAGAAAACGAAGCACAAUAAUUAUUUACAAGAAGCCUUUAAGCUUGGAAUUAUUAAGGAGAAGAGUACGUUCAUGCUCGCGUUUGAUAAGCACGCACGAUACAUGAAGCUUGUCAUUGACGAAGUUCCGUUCUAUAAUUUUCGAAAAGAACUAAAAACCAAGGAUAAAUCUUCACACGUGUCUACCAUUCAAUUAUCGACUUCGUCAAACACACCCGAAGCCAUAUUAUUAUCUGAUGAUCCAACAAGCGACAGUUAUAUUCCUGAAAUCAUGGCCUAUUUCAUUAGUCGCGGCUUUCAACCAAGCCUCGUUAGGUCCUUUCUAGAGAGAAAUUGUCAUCUUGAUCUCAAGACAAACGAGCAUCUCAUGUUUGACUUUCUCGAAGAACGCGAGCAACUGGAUCCAGUAACCUUUGUUGGUAUUGAGGGAAGCGGUGUAAGUGGUAUAGAGUCAGGUGAAGAUGAGAGAUUGCUUGUGAAGUGGGGCCUUACGGAUGAAACUGCAAGAGAACUUCGUCAAAGUGUGCGUGAUGAUGCUCUCUGGUCACAACAAAUUUUAUAUCAUUGGCUAUUUGAUUGGAUCAUCAAUCCAUGGGGUUCUUUCGUCCAGAUGAGUUUUGACAACAUUUUCUACAAUGACCAAUUUCCACGCAACCAGUGGAACAGUUAUGAUAGAAAGAAUGGACCGCAAAUGUUCGCCUCGUCCUAUAAGGAUAUUAUUGAUAUUGGAAUAGAUGGAUUAUUGAGUAACAACACGAAAGUCACCAGUGAAAAUUCAAAGAGCACUGCCCAUCAGGCUUUUUUUCAUGCAACAACUCAAAUAAGCGCGCAAAAUAUUAGUAAGUAUGGAAUACAGAUUACACUAAACAGUCCACACCUUGAUUUUGGAGCCGCUCAUAGCUUUUACCUAAAUCCAUCACUUGUUAAUGCAAUUGGUAGGAUUAAGAACCGUAAUGGAUUUAAUGGAAUUGUUGUUUAUUGGGUCGAUAUUGACAAAAUAAAAAGCAUGAAUUAUCGGGAUUUAGUUUCGGAAGGUGAGGAUUUAUGGAAGGAAGUGGUAGUUGCAUCAAGAUGUGGACAGCCUUCAGCAGUAGACGAAAAUGCAUUUGUCUAUGAUAUCAGUUAUCAAACCCAAGACCAAUUCUCAAUGAGUGGACAAAUCGUAAUGAUCGUGAUGAGGAUUCAUGGCGGCAGCUCAUUCCAAGGGCUAAGUGGUUUGACCAUUUUCAGCUCGCCAUUAAGACUUUUAGAGCAGCAAAGCUUAUGGACAGAUAUUGUGUUGGUGUUAUUUACUUCCAUACAAAAGAUGUGGAUUAAAAGCAUGUGUAAAAGCAGAUAG